GAGGCGCCCCUCUCGGCGGUCCCCGCAGCCCCGGAGCCCCAAACGGGGACCCCGGGAUCGGACGUCCCCGCGCCUCCGGGCACCUGGCUCAGCCGGAGUCCCCCGGGUCGGGGCAGGGCAGGGCCGGCAGUGGCGAGCCGGCGCCCGCCCGGCUCCCCGACCCCAGCGAACCUUCGGAACCCAGCGAUGGGGCACUGGCUCCCCGCGCGCCCUCGCCCGGCCGCGCCCUGCCCGGCGCCCCGGGGCUCGCCGACGAGGAACCGGGCGCAGUGACCACGGAGCCGCCGCAGACGCUGGAAGGCGCGGCGGCCGCGGGAGAGGCAGGCGGGUCCCCGCACCGCCCUCCGGCGCCUCCAGGCAGCCCUCCGAGCCGCGCCAGAGGCCUGGCCCGCCAUUCCCAGCCCAGGGCCAUGAUGAAGACGCUGUCCAGCGGGAACUGCACGCUCAGCGUGCCCGCCAAGAACUCCUACCGCAUGGUGGUGCUGGGCGCCUCGCGCGUGGGCAAGAGCGCCAUCGUGUCCCGCUUCCUCAACGGCCGCUUCGAGGACCAGUACACGCCCACCAUCGAGGACUUCCACCGCAAGGUCUACAACAUCCGCGGCGACAUGUACCAGCUGGACAUCCUGGACACGUCGGGCAACCACCCCUUCCCGGCCAUGCGCCGGCUCUCCAUCCUCACCGGCGACGUCUUCAUCCUGGUGUUCAGCCUGGACAACCGGGACUCCUUCGACGAGGUGAAGCGGCUGCAGAAGCAGAUCCUGGAGGUGAAGUCGUGCCUGAAGAACAAGACGAAGGAGGCGGCCGAGCUGCCCAUGGUCAUCUGCGGCAACAAGAACGACCACGGCGAGCUGUGCCGCCAGGUGCCGGCCACCGAGGCCGAGCUGCUGGUGUCGGGCGACGAGAACUGCGCCUACUUCGAGGUGUCGGCCAAGAAGAACACCAACGUGGACGAGAUGUUCUACGUGCUCUUCAGCAUGGCCAAGCUGCCGCACGAGAUGAGCCCGGCCCUGCACCGCAAGAUCUCCGUGCAGUACGGCGACGCCUUCCACCCCCGGCCCUUCUGCAUGCGCCGCCUCAAGGACACGGACGCCUACGGCAUGGUCUCACCCUUCGCCCGCCGCCCCAGCGUCAACAGCGACCUCAAGUACAUCAAGGCGAAGGUCCUGCGGGGCGAGGGCCAGGCCCGCGAGCGGGACAAGUGCACCGUCCAGUGAGCAGGAGGGGCCCGGGCAGUGCCUUAACGGGAGGUGGCACCCGCCGCCCGCUGCCUGCAUUAGCCCCCCCCCAAACCCCCCCACACAACGCCCCGCUGACCCCUCCCCCACACACAUUCCAAGACCACUCUUGUUUGAAGACCCUCGUUGCCAGAGAGCGAGAGUCCCGCCUCUGGCCGUUGUCCCGCUUUCUCGCCAUUUCCCCCCCACGCCUUCUUACCCCCCCACUCCCCUGCCCCCCCAUACCAUGGUUUUGCCCCUUGGGGGAGGCGGGGGACACCACAGGGGCACAUCUCUGCAGGGUUAGUGACAGGCAGGGUUCUGGGCUGAGGCAGCCCCCCACCAGGUCACCUCUGACCUGGGGGGCUGCGUGAAAGGCCAGUGCUGGAAAGCCCAGGGUCCCUGCCUCCAGCGGAACCUUCUGGAACAACCCCAGAACCGACACGGGACCUCCCAGACCAGAGAGGAGAGGGCUCGGUGGCAGCUGGGAGACCUCCCUUCGCCCUACGCCCCUCUCCAGCCCCGCAGGUCUUUCCCCUCUGGCUCAACUGUGGCCCCCACUCCGCCCCCUGCUGCCCCUGGUGCGGAGACAGGGGCAUGGGCGUGUCGGAGAUGGGUGCGGUCGCCCCUCCACCCUGUGCUCGGCCUCCCCGCGCCCCUCUCCUUGCGGCUGUCCCCUGCGGAGUGCAGCGGUUGGGAUGGAAAUCCUUGUACUGUAAAGGCCCAGGGCCCGCCCAGCGCAGACCCACUGUGCCCACCAAGGCCCUCCCCGCUCCUCGACUGGGUGUCGUCUGCAGCCGGACACUGCCCGCAGGAGCUUCACGUUUCCAGGACCUGGCACCAGCCCAGCCUGGACGUGCCUCAACCUCAGUCUAGAGGAGGAGGUGCCCAGGGGGCGAGUGAGCCGGCCCCGCCCCUCCUGGGCUGGCCCCGUCCUCCUGGAAUGGCCCCGCCCCUCCUGGGCUGGCACCGCCCCUCUUGGGAUGGCACCGCCCCUCUUGGACAGCCACGCCCAUCCCGGGCCCGCCCUCCUGGCCCGGCACCGCCCACUCGACCUGGCUACACCCACCAGCUGGGCUCCGCCCUAGCCUGGCCUGACCCCGCCCCAGUCAGGCUGGCCCCGCCCCUCUGCUGGGGCCUGGCCACGCCCUGCUCCAGCCUGGCCCCGCCCCAGUCUGGCCUGGCCCCACCCUCCCCUGGCUUGGCCCCGCCCCAGUCGGGCCUGGCCCCACCCCUCCACUGGAGCCUGGUCCCCUUCCUGUGCGCUCCUUCCUGGAGCGUUUAUUGAGCACCUGCUAGGUGCUGGGUCCACUGUGUGCUAGGAAACAAAGAAGGGGAGCCAUGUGCUUUAUACCCCCAAGGCAGGGCCUUUCCCAGUUGGGGUCUCCUGCCCGAACAAUGCUCCCACCCUCGGGUGGCGAAGGCACCCCUGCCCUGAGGAUCUCUCCCACAUGUCCUGGGUGCCGGGCACCAAGGGAUGCGAUCCCAUAGACCAAAGGCCUUGUCGUUAGCUCCUAACACAAUCAUUUUUUAUUCCCGAGUCCAGAAAGUGUUGGCGUGUAGGGCCGCAGGGAACCCCCAGCGAUUGUGACUCUAGCAGGAGGCCCAGAGAGGGUGCGUCACUUGCCCCGGGUCACGAAGCGAGCCUGGGAGAGGCAAUACAAGCAGGGCUCUCCCUCUCUCCCAGACGCUGCCCCAGCCCUGGGCCUUGGGGGAUUUGAGGCGUCUAGUCCCCCGCCCUUCCCUUGGCUCCAUCUCGCCGGCUCUGUGUACUCCAUGCCCUGUACAUACGCGUGCACACACCUGCACACACAGAGGUGACCUGCCCUGGCACUCCCCUGUUCAGCGCACCCUCCGCCCCGCCCGGUGCCCGCUGCUCCGGGCUGCAGCUGUGCCCUGCUUCCGCACCUGCCGCGUGGCCGAAACCCUCCAAGCAGACCCGUGACCUUGGCUAUGACGGGUGAGGUGACCGGGUCUCCCCGCUGGCACCUCGCGCCCCCCCCCCCCGCCCCCAGCUCUGCGCGCACACACCAGCCAUUAAAGUGGGUUUGUUUGUAAGCUGUGCCCGGA